GGCCUCGCCCUCGCCCUCCGCCCCUGCGCCUGCACCGCGUAGGCCGCCCCCCGGCGCGCACCCCGUAGGCGACCCCCGCCCGCGCCCCGGUCGGCCCCCCCCAUUCCAAAUUUAAAGGGGGCGCAGCGUUCACGCCUCCCGCCCCAGGUGACCUCUCAGAGGUCUCCUCGCCCGAGGUGUCCCGCCGCUGAGGAACAUGGCGAAGGUGGAGCAGGUCCUGAGCCUCGAGCCGCAGCACGAGCUCAAAUUCCGAGGUCCCUUCACCGACGUUGUCACCACCAACCUAAAGCUUGGCAACCCGACAGACCGAAAUGUGUGUUUUAAAGUGAAGACCACAGCACCACGUAGGUACUGCGUGAGGCCCAACAGUGGGAUCAUUGAUGCAGGGGCCUCUAUUAAUGUAUCUGUGAUGUUACAGCCUUUCGAUUAUGAUCCCAAUGAGAAAAGUAAACACAAGUUUAUGGUUCAGUCUAUGUUUGCUCCAACUGACACUUCUGAUAUGGAAGCAGUAUGGAAGGAGGCAAAACCGGAAGACCUUAUGGAUUCAAAACUUAGAUGUGUGUUUGAAUUGCCAGCAGAAAAUGAUAAACCACAUGAUGUAGAAAUAAAUAAAAUUAUAUCCACAACUGCAUCAAAGACAGAAACCCCAACAGUGUCUAAAGCUCUGAGUUCUUCUUUGGAUGACACUGAAGUUAAGAAGGUGAUGGAAGAAUGUAAGCGGCUGCAGAGUGAAGUUCAGAGGCUGCGGGAAGAGAACAAGCAGUUCAAGGAGGAAGAUGGACUUCGGAUGAGGAAGGCAGCGCAGAGCAACAGCCCCGUUCCUGUGUUAGCCGCGGCUGGGAAGGAGGAGGGCCUCAGCACCCGGCUACUCGCGCUGGUGGUUUUGUUCUUUAUCGUUGGUGUAAUCAUAGGGAAGAUCGCCUUGUAGAGGCAGCAGGCAAAGGAUGGUAAAUUGGAUUGAUGGCUCCGCCAUAUCAUGGGAUUUAAAUGUAUCAUAACCGCGUGUAAAAAGAAGUUAAUGUAUGAUGACAUCUCACAGGUCUUGCCUUUAAAUUACCCCUCCCUGCGCGUGUGUGCUGCCGCACGCGUGCACACACACACAUAGAACAUAAAAUAACAAUCUUUUAGAAAGUUUAACAUGUAUAGUAAAUGAUUGGGGGAAAUGAAUGAUCCUUAUUAAUGACAAGGGAAACCAUGAUUAAACGAGACGGGCAUGUUGUACAUGUCAUUUUAAACACUUGUAGCCUUGGUCCACGUUGCUGAUCACCUCUCUUCCAGCCCGACACUCUUCCUUGCCUGUUGGUGCUGGCCCUCGGGGAGCUGGAGCCCAGCGCGGUGGAGAGUGCACCCCCCAAGGCGUCCUCCCCCGCUGCUCACUCCCUCCGGGCUGCUCCUCCACGUGUGCCCCGGCCGUCAGUUCCCUGGGACUGAUGGACAGAGCCUGAGGCCGAGAAGAACGGCGCUGUGGCAGCAUCGGCUGUGCUCGUCACGAGUUGGAGGUGUAUGUUGCCUGAGUGACCCAAUACUCUGGAAAUAAAAGUCAGUGAAGGCUUUGUUCUCUUAAAGGGACCAAGCUAGAUAACCAUUGGUUCGUGUCAUGAGAUUGAACUGUUAUUCAGAGAUGUUUAAUGCAUAUUUAACUUAUUUAAUGUAUUUCAUCUCAUGUUUUCUUGUCACAAGAUUAUAAUGAACUCUGUGGCCUAAAAUCACCUGUGCUACCUAACACUGCUGGGUGAAGCUGGCAUUGCUGCUGGAGUUUCUGGGCCGUACACACAUAUGGAGGUGCGGUUCCUUGGAAUGUUGGAGAACAGCUGCCAGGAAGUGGUUUUCUGUGCAAAUAAAUAACAACUCUCAUAGGGAGGGAAGUGCUUAGUAGUGGCAGUCAACUCCAGGUUACGCUUUCUGUGGGGAAGGGUAGCCGAUCUCUGUACUGUUCUUUCUUUCUGUGCUCCUCAGCCAGCGCUCACGCUUCAGCACACGUGCCCCAGUGUGGCCCUGACUUUCCCCAUGUGGCCCUAGCUGGGGAUCAGGGCAGGUGAGCCAGGCAGCGGGGGGGGGUGA